AUGGCGCUAAGUAAGCCCACAGCGCUGCUUCAGCAUGCCGCUGCGCUUCGAGAAGCUCAGGCGCGGAGCAUUGCACGCACAUCGCCGUAUUUUCCAAUGUACGUGUUGUCGGUGGAGGAGGUGCUUCGCAUGACUGCUCUUCGAGUGCAUGAAGACUUGAUGGCGGAGGGCGUUGUGCUGGUGUUCCAGGAGCGCACCGGGCAUGCAGCGAUCUUUGUUUCCCAUCAGUGGGCAGGGCAUGGGCACCCCGAUCCGGACAUGGAGCAGUUCAAAGUCAUACAAUCGUUCCUUUCUCAGCUCAUGGAGGGCAAGAUCACGGCAAUUUCUGGGAACAUCCUUGCGGAAUUGUAUCUCAACAAACCCAGGAUUCCUUCGAAGGAGCUGCGGUCGUUCAAGCUAUCGGUUUGGUAUGAUUAUUUCAGCGUUCCACAAGCGGCAGAAGCAGUUGAGGAGAGGAAGAAGGCCAUUCACAGCAUUCCGCACUAUGUGGGCAGUUGCCGUUACUUUGCUAUGCUUUGCCCUCUGGUCAAGCACGCGCAAGAGAGCACGAUCAUGGGCAAGCGCUCCUACAUGUCUCGUGGAUGGUGUAGGCUAGAACUCGCCGCCCGCAUUUUAAGUGAACGGGAAUCUUCACAGAUGAUCGUUGAAGUCCACACCUCCAACCAUCAAGUGUGCUCGCCUAUCGGUGACUGGAUCUUGAAUCCGGUUGGGGAGGGCAGCUUCUCAGUCUCCCAGGAUUUGCAGCAUUCUGCUGCGGUCGUGACGUCCAUGAUCACCAAGAAGCUGGAGCACUUUCUGAAAGAAGGUGACCUUCAUAGCUUUCGGGUUCUUCUCAAUCUGCGAGGUGUCAUUUACAGAGGCUUGCCAGCAGUUCCUACCCGAUGCAUCGUUCCGGGACUUCAGUCUUCAGCGACGGACCCUGCCAGACACUUGCUAGAGGCUUUCUUGCACGAGAAUGGCUUGGCAAAUGCGCUGGAUUCUUGUUCGAAUGGAUGGACGCCGUUGUGUUAUGCUGUUCUGGGAGGAAGCCCAUUGCUUGUGAGCGCCCUGUUGGAGGCGCGUGCCAAUCCCCAUGAUUGCUUGAGGAAGACGAAGGUGACCUUUCUGCCAAACAUUGCGGGCAUCACCGUAUUGCAGGCUUGCAUCUACUUGCGCCACAACGAAGCAGCCAAAGUGCUCAUCUCCUUCCGAGCCGAAGUGACGGCCAAGGACUGCAAUGGAGCAGAGGCCAUUCAUUGGGCCUCGUCUUCCGACAACGUGGAAGCCGUGGCCCUCUUAUGCUCCAUGGGCUGCAGCCCCACGAAGGCGGUCAGCACGGGGCACAUGCCUUUCGCGAUUGCAAGUGCGACCGACAGCCUCCAAGCCCUCUGCGAACUCCUUCCGCGCACACCCAGGGAGUCGGUUCGCUCAGGCUUGCAUUCCAUCUUCUUCUUCGGAGGCGCCUCGGGGAAGAUUGUGGCGACGCUGAUCAGCGCCCAGGCGGAUGUAAACGUGCCGAUGCGUACCCGCCCCAUGACCAUCUUGGGCGUGAUCCUCCGGCUGUAUGCCCUCCGUCACAGAUGGUCCACCUCAGCCUUGAGCACGUUUGCUUACCAUCAUCAAGGAGCAACUCCACUGAUGUGCAGCUUGCUCACGUGUUCCUUCGAGGCGGCCGCUGUGCUUCUUCUUGCUGGCGCCGAUACACAGCCCUUGAAUGCACGUGGGAAGACCGCGAGGGAUUUUGCAGGCCAGAUGUCUGCACCGGCUUACAUCCAUAAGGCUUUGCAGGGGGACAUGUCUGAAUGUGAGCGUCUCGUAAGACAUUUGACGCCGGGAGCGUAG